AUGUCUAUACAACAUGAAAAUCCUGAGACAAAAGAUGUAAUAUGUCCACAGAAAAGGAUAGCAGAUCUUAUGCAUCACGCUGGAAACAAGUUUUGCGCUGAUUGUGGAACACCAGAGCCAAGAUGGGUGUCUUCAAGUCUUGGAGUAUUUAUUUGCAUCAAGUGUUCUGGCAUACAUAGAAGUCUAGGAGUCCACAUAUCAAAGGUUCUAUCACUGAAGCUAGAUGAAUGGACAGAUGAACAAGUUGAUGCAUUAGCAAAGUUGGGUGGCAAUACAUUAUUAAAUAAGAAGUACGAAGCUUGCCUUCCAAGUAACAUAAGAAAACCAAAACCACAUUCAUCCAUUGAGGAGCGCUCUGAAUUUAUUCGGAGAAAAUAUGAGAUGCAGCAAUUUGUCGACUGUGAUGACAAUUUGUCAUGCCCCAUUAUCCCAUCUCAAGGAAGAAGCAUAUCACUUGCUCUUGCUCAGAGUAGCACUUCAUACUACAAUUCUUUUAUGGACAAGAAACCAUCUGAAAAACAACAAAGCAAACAUCGUAUUGGGAACGCAUUCCGAAACAGCUGGGGAAGAAAAGAUUCUGAGCACAAGGCUGCAAAGAAGAGUACCUCUUUGGCAGGUAUGGUUGAAUUUGUUGGGCUGAUUAAGGUUAAUGUGGUUAAAGGCACUCACCUAGCCAUUCGAGAUGUAAUGACUAGUGACCCUUAUGUCAUCCUUUCUUUGGGUCACCAAUCAGUAAAAACACGUGUCAUAAAGAGCAAUUUGAAUCCGGUUUGGAAUGAGAGCCUAAUGCUAUCAAUUCCAGAGAACAUUCCUCCUCUAAAAGUGCUUGUGUAUGACAAGGAUACAUUUUCAACUGAUGAUUUUAUGGGGGAGGCUGAAAUAGACAUUCAACCUCUAGUUAUUGCCGCAAAGGCCUACGAGAAAUCGAAUAUUAAUGAGUCCAUGCAACUUGGGAAAUUUGUAGCAAGCAACGACAACACCCUUGUUAGAGAUGGUAUCAUAUCUCUUGAUGAAGGGAAAAUCAAACAGGAAAUCUCAGUUAGGCUACAAAAUAUUGAGAGGGGUGAGUUGGAGCUUGAGCUUGAGUGUGUUCCCCUUACUCAAUAGCUGGAUAAAUGUUAAGAAUCAGAACUCAAUUGAAAUCACAUUUUGGAGAAAUCACAUUUUGGAGCACAAAUCAUAGGAAUUUGUAUGUGUAGAUAGUCCUGUCUCAUUCUCUCUUGUACAUUAUUCCAUGACUUUGAUGGGAUUACUUCACUAUCCAAGUUUCUAACUU